AGAAGUGCUCCCUGAGGAGAAGCCAGGACGGUUUUACUAGGUUAUUCCUUUUUAAAGUAGAAAAAGGUUGCCUGGGGUAAAGAAUCAAUUUACACAUUCGGACUCAACACUGGGUACGGUGAAGCCAUGAAUCUCCCUCUCGCGCCGUACAAACUGCUUGUCUGCAUCAGCGAAGAGGAGCAUUGAUUAUUACGCUUGCAAUUCAGCAGCAGACAUGGUUGAAUAAGGCAGACAUGCAGCAUAUUUCUGCUUUCUGACAUGGCCUGCAGAUGGUCAUAGCACUCGUCUGUGAUACUUAAUUGACCCAGUUUCAAGACGAGAACUCCCAGAAACCACAAGCCAACAACCUAGCCCAUAAGCUAUAUAACGAGAAGAAACAUGCCUUCAACCCAACUAGGCCCCGUCCCGUCCCUCUUCCCCCACAUCAAAGACGAAUGGUGGAAAGACGCCUACAACGAGGUCUUCCUCUGGGCCGACGGCGACUGCGUUGAGAACCCAGCCCUAACCACCGCAGAAUGCACCGCCCUCCUCCAGAUCCCCAAAGUCCACGCCCUUUUCACCAAAUCUUCCAAUAUAAAAGUCCUCGACCUCUGCUGCGGCCAGGGAAGACACUCAAACACCCUCGCCGCGCAGUUUCAAUCAGCCAGCUUCCACGGUCUCGACCAAAGCAUCUACCUGCUCGGUCUCGCACGGCAGCGCGCAAAGGAAGAGAAUGUUGAACGCAACGCGCUGUAUAUCGCCGGCGACUCACGCGCCAUCCCCGCGCCCAACGAGACCUAUGAUCUCGUCCUUCUCUUGGGGAAUUCAUUCGGUCAUGGAUCCCGCGCUGAUGACUUGCUGCUUCUCCGUGAGACGGUGCGCGUGCUUAAACCCGGCGGGAUCUUUGUGAUUGAUUUCGUUGAUGGUGGCUGGAUGCGUGAGAAUGUACCCGACGCUGGAUGGGAGUGGUUAGGUGAAGACCAUUUUAUAUAUGAUAAGAACGAGGAGAAGAAGAAGAAGAAGCUGAUUGCGCUGCGCGAGCGCGAGCUCUCACCGGAUAAGAAUCGGCUUGCGAGUCGGGAGAUUGUGCUUGAUCUUGCGGCGCCGCGUGUAUACCAGGAUCUGUUCUAUGCGGUGCAGCUUUAUGAUGUGGCUCAGAUGGAGGGGCUUUUUGGGGAGGUUGGAUUGCGGUUUUUGGCGGGGGAGACUACGUCUGCUUCUGGCUCGUCUGGCGAUGGUAACGGUGCUGCAGGAGACCAGGGGAUGAUGGGGCAUAGACAGCUUCUUGUUGCGUCGAAACCGGACUUGUCUGCGUCUACGGGUCCUGGGUGUGUUGACCCCCAGGAUGUGGAUACGUAUGUCCAUCCGCAUAUCACCCUCGACUACGAAAAGGGCAAAGGACGGCUGCUCCGUGCGACGGCGGCAAUUGAGGCCGGUACGGUAGUGAUUGCUGAUGCGCCGUAUGCGAUUGUUCCCACUGUCCCGCCGGAGAGCAACGAAGCCCUAAUCUGCAGUAACCUGCUGUGUCGACGACGGGUGCAGGAUGCAGAGGGACUGCGCUGCGCGAAUAACUGCAUUAAGGACGUUAUCUGGUGCAACAGACACUGCCAGGAGACAGACCAGGCACGGCAUGACUUUGAAUGCGCCUGGCUGAAGAAGCAUGGCACUCGACUCCGCCAGGAACAAGGGGAGGAUGAUUUCGCUAUGCUCUGGAUUAUAGUCCGGAUGCUCGCUGGCAGAGACCUCGAGCUGAACAUCAAAUCUACUAACCCUGACUCGCAGCAAGAUACGCUUGACCUCCCAUGGAGCCACCGGUUCAAGCGAGGCUGGGAUGCCGGAAUCGACGGCUUGCUGGGAAACCGUGAGCGUUGGCCACGGGAAAGACUACAGCACUGGGCGGAUCUAGUCGAACGGUAUCUCAGCGAUGAAGACCAACCAGGCCUGCUGAGCGCAGACGACCUCUUAACCCUCAUCUGCAAAGAAGAGACAAAUACCUUCGGCCUGUACGCCAUUGACACCGGCCCCCUAGAGACCCAGCAAGAACGGGGCCCUUCGUACGGCCUUGCUUGCUAUCCGCGGGCUACGAACUGCAACCACUCUUGUCUUCCGAAUCUCAAGCACGGGCCCGACAACCGCGGGCGGAUGGUCAUGACCACGACGCGCGAUAUCGCAGCCGGGGAGGAAUGCUUCAUUUCGUACAUUGACCUGUCGGUGCAUGCGAGUAUCGAGGCGCGCCAGAAGCGGAUUAUGCAUUAUUUUACCUUCUCUUGCCUCUGCGACCGGUGUUUACAAGAGCAGAGCUGAAGUUGGUAGUCUGGACUACCCGGAAGGGAGAGUAUCUAGAUUGGCAUGUCUAUCUCGGAAAGACUGGGAGUUUAUUUACAUCCGGCUCUGAAUUACCGUUUUCAGUCCUGUAAUCCUGUUUAUAAAGUUUCCUCGAACCGGAUAGGAAAAAAGGGCGUGGUGAUCCCCCUGCAUUCCAGCGCGAACAAUCCGGACAACAGGAGGUGGCAAUCCAGCUAGCUCAUUCCGGUCGUCGGGACGAUUGAGUUCAGAUCCGAAAAUUGUUUGUGUACUGUAGUGUAUACUGUUUGGUGCAUCAGAGUUAUGAUAUUGUCUUUGAUGGUUCUGAUGUUCUGGAAGUGUUGAAAUGUUCUCUUGGCCUGUACUAGUAGAAGCUGCAAGUAUACCAGCUAAAAAUAGCCGGC